UCCCGGCCGCUCUCGGGUGCAGAGCCCGGGCGGUCGGGGAGGCUCGGAAGGAGCUUUCCCGGAGCCCAGAGUCCGGAGUGCGGCUGGCGGAGGUGGGCUGCAGGAGCUCGGCCGCUCCUGGUGUUCAUGCCGCCUGUCCUGUGAGGUAGACGCAUUCUCUGCGUACAGCGAUGCCUUUCGAGGCGAGCACCUGCUCAAGUGACAUUGGCUGAGAUGAGUUCCUCAAGUCCUGAUCGAAGCGCCUGAGGUAGUGUAUCUGGCAGCUCCACCUCCCUGCUUGUUUGCAGAGUCCCUGUGGGUCCUUGCGCGCCUCAUCUGGAGUGUGGACUGCACCUCUCCAUCAUAAUCCCACUACACAUCUCUAUGGAACACCACAGACAGUAAUCUCUACAAAGGUUGUCCUGCUGAGCCCUGAGGAGCCCCGGGGGCAGGGAGUGGGGGGAGACCACCGCUACCAUGACGACUGCCAUCCUGGAGCGUCUGAGCACCCUGUCUGUGAGCGGGCAGCAGCUGCGCCGCCUGCCCAAGAUUCUGGAAGAAGGGCUCCCCAAGAUGCCGUGCACCGUCCAGGAAACCGACGUGCCCCAGCUCUUCAGGGAGCCGUACAUCCACGCGGGCUACCGCCCCACGGGGCACGAGUGGCGGUACUACUUCUUCAGCCUCUUUCAGAAGCACAACGAGGUGGUCAACGUCUGGACCCACUUGCUGGCGGCCCUGGCGGUCCUUCUGCGAUUCUGGGCCUUUGUGGAGGCAGGGGCAUUGCAGUGGGCCUCUCCGCACACCCUCCCCCUGCUCCUCUUUAUCCUGUCGUCCAUCACUUACCUCACCUGCAGCCUCUUGGCCCACCUGCUGCAGUCCAAAUCAGAGCUGUCCCACUACACCUUCUACUUCGUGGACUACGUCGGGGUCAGCGUCUACCAGUAUGGCAGCGCGCUGGCCCACUUCUUCUACAGCUCCGACCAGGCCUGGUAUGAGCGCUUCUGGCUUUUCUUCCUGCCGGCGGCUGCUUUCUGCGGCUGGCUGUCCUGUGCCGGCUGUUGCUACGCCAAGUAUCGCUACCGGCGGCCUUACCCGGUCAUGCGGAAGAUCUGUCAAGUGGUACCCGCCGGGCUGGCCUUCGUCCUAGACAUCAGCCCCGUGGCACACCGCGUGGCUCUCUGCCACCUGGCCGGCUGCCAGGAGCAGGCAGCCUGGUACCACACCCUCCAGAUCCUCUUCUUCCUCGUCAGCGCCUACUUCUUCUCGUGCCCCGUACCCGAGAAGUACUUCCCCGGUUCCUGUGACAUCGUGGGCCACGGCCAUCAGAUCUUCCACGCCUUCCUUUCCGUCUGCACGCUCUCCCAGCUGGAGGCCAUCCUUCUGGACUACCAGGGACGCCAUGAGAUCUUCCUCCAGCGCCACGGCCCCCUGUCUGUCUACACCGCCUGUCUCUCCUUUUUCUUCUUAGCCGCAUGCAGUGCGGCCACUGCCUCCCUCCUGAGGCACAAGGUCAAGGACAGACUGAUUAAGAAAGAUUCCUGAGGUCGGCAGAUGAGGAAAGGUGUGGAGGUGGGCUACUGUGACUUGGAGAAAACUUGACCCAAUAAUAGAAGUUGACUUUUUAUUUUUAAGGCUUGAUUUUUUUUUUAAAUUAAUGUGUAUUACGGGCUGAGGAUGAAACUCGAUUGGUAGAGAGUGCUUAUACAGCAUGCAGGAAGCCUAGGGUUUGAUCCGCAAUGCCACAGAAGCCAGGAGAGUAGCACUCAAGGAGGCAGAGGCAGGAGGAUCAGAAAUUCUAGGUCAUCCUCUGAGAUAUAGUGAGUUCAAGGCUAGCCUUUGAUACAUGAUACCCCAUCUCAAAAAAAUUAUUAUGUAUUUGCAAAGGCGUGGUAUGACUAUGGAAUUUCAAAUGCAGGCCAUUUGAGAGUUUUAAAUCGGAGCCUUCACUUUUCUGUCUGGGCUAUAGCCUUGUUUGGGAAGAGAUCUUGGCUAAGGUUUAUGAGAUCCCAGACUAAGGAGAAGCGUCCUCACCGGUGAACCGUGAGCAGAAUUCUGGUUGUGGCUUCCAAAGCCUAGUCCUGAAACUAGACAGAUAAUCAAACUGGACCUCCAAGUACGCGGGCUGACCCUCUCCCUAACAGAACGGCCCCCCUCUCCGCUGCUGGGCUUGGUAUCUGUGUAAACUCACCCACAGACUCUGUCUUAUCAGGAUUUCAGAUUGUCUAGCGUGGAAAAAAAAUGAGAAUCUUCGAGAAGAUUCGUGGAAACUCUCAGACAGAAUGGACUGUUCAGUUGAUCUGAUGUCUGGUCUCAACCACGGCACUUCCGGCUUUUCUCAGGAUAAUCAACUAAGCUGGCCGACUUGCCUGACACACUGCUGUUCUCGCUCCUAGGCUGCGAGGUAAUAUAAAGAAUCCCGAAGCUAUUCACUUCCAGGAAAUGCUUGGAGCCACAUGACCAUUCCGGAAGCUGCUUGUCCUGUGACACGGAAGCGUCGACAGAUUCGACAGUGCCAAGAGCUACCGGGAGACCCAGCCAGCAAACAUGGAUGUCCUUGCCUGUUUGCUGCCCACGGGGCCCUCGUAGUUCAUAUCUGUGGACUGCAGUAUUAACUGCAAGGCGUUUAGGGUUGCCUUGCAGGUCAGGAGAUUGACUGUCUGAAGGUUUGAACGGAGCCUUUCAAAAGCAUUGCUCUAAAGUUCUUCGAGAAAGCCGAUUAUUUCAAGCGGAUCCUAAGAUCCAAGGUUCAAGUUUCUGUUAAAUGCUGUCCCAUGAAGGACCAACCCAGCUGCCCCACCCAGUUCAGGCUCCACCUUGGAUUUGAGAAGAAACCUUAAAACGGGUUCUAGGACCGGGUAAAUGUGUGCUCGCUGCCGUUGGCUCCUGAAGGUCCGUUGAGUAAGAAGGAGACACCUGAUGGCCAAGGUUGAGCACACUGCUUGUGACAUCGCUGUCAGCCCCUGAUGUGAGGGGAGUGAUGCUCGCAGCCCGAUAUGUCCUGACCACACAGCUCUCCCUGAGGACUGUCUUCUGCAUGAAUCCAGUGAAGGAGGCUGUGGUCGAGGAAGGGCUGAGACGCCCUCUCCUCGCAGGCUGCGUGCAUUUCCUAUCAGUAUAAAGUCCCUGUGUACAAAAAGGGAAGCUAAAGUUUCCAACUCCAGUUUAAUGAACCUACUCGACUAUUAGGUCACUUGCUAGUCUUAAAACCUUUGUCUUCUAUCUUUGUGUGUGUGUGUAUGUGUGUGUGUGUGUGAGCGACUUGUGAAUUUUGUGCCUUAUACAUGGGAAUGUCUAAACUCUUUUAUUUUAAUGUAUGUACACAUGGAAUUAUCUGUUUUGUGUAAGGAACCCCAGAAAACUAGAGUGACUUGUCAAUCAGCUAUUAGUCUGUAUUUGGGGGAGGGGGUCAACGGAAGUAUCCCUACUGCCUUUAAAUCAAGAAAGCAUGUGUCUCCUGCACUGUUUUAUUAAAUGCGUUUUUUGUUCAUUUGUGCUCAAGAAGAUGAACUAGCCAAGUGACCGAAGCUUCCAGUGUUCUAGGCCAAGUUCAUGCCCAGGGAUGUUAGCAAAACUGAGCUGGUUUGAACUGAACAAAGGCUGGUUGGGGGGUGUAUGUGUAAAUGCUGCAAGUAGAGGGUCUAUUUAAAAUGGGAACCAGAAAGUGUUAGAAAUUCUCUUGUUAUGGAUUCAAAGACUGUAUUCUUUUAAAAGUUGGUGGGAAACAUGAGAGGGAAAGGGAGGAGGAAGGUGUUCUUGUGGUGGUGUCUGUGAACAAAGAUUUUACUCUUUCAUUUCUUUUUUUUGGUGUUCUUUUUCUUUUUUCUUCUUUCUUUCUUUCUUUCUUUCUUUCUUUCUUUCUUUCUUUCUUUCUUUCUUUCUUUCUUUCUUUCUUCCUUCCUUCCUUCCUUCCUUCCUUCCUUCCUUCCUUCCUUCCUUCCUUUCUUUCUUUCUUUCUUUCUUUCUUUCUUUCUUUCUUUCUUUCAGAUCAGAUCUCUUGUAUAACCCAGGCUGGCCUAGAAAUCCUUACGUAGACCAGGCUGACCUUGAACUCUAGAACUCUCGAGAUCAACCUGUCUCUGCCUCCCAAGUGGCAGGCCUAAAGGUGUGCACAGCACUCAGCCUGUGGACAGAGAUCUGUUUUUUUCAAUGGUCCUGCAGCCCAGUGUCAAGCGCAAGUCUGUUCGUCAUGGGUCUACGACACCUUAAGUGUAAAACCAUGUAAAACCGUGAGAUACUGGAAUUCAAUUUCUAGUUUAAUUAUACAGAUAUUGCUAACUAUUGUUUUGGGAACUGAUAAGGAAGAAAAAAGAAAGUGAUUUCAAUGGAGUUGGGAUUUGAACCCAAGACCUACAAUAUGCUAACCAAGAAUUCCCCCGUUGACCUACAUGCCAGGUCAAGGAACAGUGCAUGUAUAAUAGAUAGUGGGGGGGGAGGGCAUUGAGGUGGAGGACUGUGAUCUUCCCUGGAAACACCAGUAUCUAAUUGGAAUAAUGCAAAUGCCUUUACAAAUACAAACACAAAAUGGGUAAUUUUUAACUCUUCAGAUUCCUCAAACAGUAUCAUUGAAAUGAGCCUAUCAGUAUGGUAAAGACCAGGUUAGUUUAAAAGGAGUAUGCAUGCCUCUUGAGAUUUUACAGUGGAGUUUGCCACCCUGCAAAAUCAGCAUAAUGUUAAGAAAGGUAUAAGGGAGAUAGUUCUCUUGCUCUCCAAAACUAGAAGUUUUGGUUGCUGCCUCUCUUAAGUAAGACUUUCAACCCAUUAACAUGUAAAUGCCUCUGAUAAAAUUAAACUAUCAGUCAUCUACAUUUGCUCAUGAAUAAAAUUCUUGUGGGUUGACAUAAGGCCCCUACUUAGUUCAAGAAGAGGGGCCCACAGGAUACAUGUGGGGGUGCCGUUUUUCUCAUUUCAGAAUCCUGACUUUUGUUUGCCAGUGAAAGCUGUUUUUGUUGUUUCGGAUUCGAGGUUGUUUGUUUUGCUUGUGAUGGACCUCACUGUGUAUCCAUCCCAGGCUGGCCUGGAACUCCGGAUUGAUUCUCCCGUCGUAGUCGGCCAAAGGAGCUGGUAACACAGGAGGCACCAACACCACAUCCAAUUCUAAUCAAACUAAUUUUAAAGUCCUUAAAGAUGUCAGGGUUACAGUUUCAGUUCUCAAAUCUCUCAACAAUAAUAGUGCAAGCCACGGACUGGAAGCUUGAAACGAAACGGAGUUCAGAGCCCUGAUAAGAGGCCUGGUUAGCCCUGUUUCCAUCUCCAUCCAUUUGUUUGGUUACUGCUCUGUAGUUCCACCUGGAUCCUCCAGAGGGCGAUGUUGUCUGACUCAGUGCUCCCAGAGCUUGUCGCCAAGGCUUCACUGCUAGAACUGUGUUUUGCUUGGUUAAAGAAAAAGUGUGGGAUGAUUUUCUGUCUCUAUAAACCUACUUACGUGAAUAAUCAUUAAACAGAUUUUGUACAUGGA